CUCUGGAUCAGACAUGAUGUACAAGAUUGAAGAUGUCCCUCCAUGGUACCUUUGUAUUCUGCUGGGUUUUCAGCAUUACCUGACAUGUUUCAGUGGCACUAUUGCAGUCCCAUUCCUGCUGGCUGAAUCACUCUGUGUUGGGAAGGACCAGGACACUGUGAGCAAGCUCGUAGGGACCAUUUUCACUUGUGUGGGGAUAACAACACUAAUACAGACCACAUUUGGAGUCAGGCUUCCUUUGUUUCAGGCCAGUGCGUUUGCUUUUCUUGUUCCUGCUCGAGCUAUUCUUGCUCUAGAGAAGUGGAAAUGCCCCGAUGAAGAUGUAAUUUAUGGAAACUGGACUUUUCCCUUGAACACAUCCCACAUAUGGCAACCAAGGAUACGAGAAGUACACAUUCAAAUCCUAUUGCUCCAGCUCUAAAUCACAAGUGACCAAUCUUAGUCUGCAUUCACUGUACAAACUCUAAUGUUGCUGUUUGCUGGCAUGUAUUGAAGCAUGGAGGGGGAUAACGGACAGUUCAAGCGUGUGUAUUAUGUACUUCAUUCAUGCACCCUGCUACACUUGUCAGACAGCUACAGUAGGUCUACCAGUAUGUUUAGCAAAUGAAACAACAUAUAAACCUCAGUGCAAUGCCAUGCACUGUGUAGCCUCACAUGCUGCUAUGAAAUAUGUCAUUGCCACCCUGUUCACAACUUUCAUAUGACAAAUAGCACCUCUGAGCUUCAUUUAGAAGAGGCUUUCCUGUCUUCCUUUGGGAUGUGUCUGUCUUGAGCUGUGAGCUCAGUCUCUACUCAUUUAUAGCACACAUUCUGAAAAACGUUCUUGUCAUGCAGCUUGUUUCACUUGCAUUACAAUUGAAUGUUAUUAUCUUCCCAUUAUUAGAAACAGGCCAUAAUACUGCAAUUCAUUUUUGUUUGGCGCAAACACAAAACAUCAGGGUCACCCAGCUUACUUCUAACCAUCUAAAAAU